GACUUGUCUCCUUUUUGUCUUCUUAGGUUGGUCUUCACUCGCAAGGGGGUACUCCGUGUAGAAGGAUUUCUAAGCCCUCAGCAGAGUGACCCUGAUGCUAUGAACCUGUGGAUUCCCUCUUCUUCCCUAGCAGAAGGAAUAGACCUAGAAACCUCAAAAUACAUCUUGGCCAAUGUUGGAGACCAGUUCUGCCAGCUUGUAAUGUCUGAGAAGGAGGCCAUGAUGAUGGUGGAACCACACCAGAAAGUGGCCUGGAAGCGAGCUGUGCGGGGAGUGCGGGAGAUGUGUGAUGUCUGUGAGACGACUCUCUUCAACAUCCACUGGGUUUGUCGCAAAUGUGGAUUUGGGGUCUGCCUGGACUGUUACCGGCUGAGGAAAAGCCGUCCUCGGAGUGGUAAGUAAAUACUGUCUGGGUAAUUC